CAGCUCCGUCCGCAGCCUGACGCGGCACACUCGCUCUCCUCUCGCCGCAGACUGCGCUUCUGUCCCGGACACCCUCGCAGAUGGAGCCCGCUUGUGUCCUGGUGCUCCUCGGCGCCGCUCUGCUCCACUCCGCGCAGUGUGUUCCUGCUGGAAGAGGGCGUGGCCUGGACUAUGGGGGCGGAGUCAGGCGUGUGCGGAGAGACGUGCUGCCCUAUGAGGACCGCAUGGUGUCCAUUUCUGUGCCGGAGGAGGACUGGAGGGGGCGUGGCUUAGAGCAGGCCCUGCAGCGAUUGGUGGAGAGAGACCAGAGGCGGGAGCAGCAGGAGGAGCAGCAGCAGAGAGCAGCGUACAUGAACGCUGUGCUGCAGCUGGCGGACGCAGAGAGGGCGGGGCUUGUGAAUCCAGAGGUGCAGGUGGAACUGGACCAGGAUCAGGAGGAGGACCUGAACCCCUCGGAGAUCAAGAGCCUCCCGGACUAUGACGAGAGCAGCCCCAGGCUAACCAUGAGCCGGCCGCAAGCCCCCUGGUGGAGACUGGUGGAACCACAGCUGGCUGAGGCGCUGCUCCAGAGGUUGGAUCCGGACUUUUCUGAAGCUCUUUUGAACAAACUGCAGCAAACCCAGAGAUCAGGGCCAAGAGAGAGUGAACAAGAGACACUCAGGCGUCUGAUUGGUCAGAUCCUUUCAAGUCUGGGUCCGAGCGACGCUGUGAGGCCAUCAGGUCGCAGAAUGAGAAGGGAUCUUUCUGACUCCGCCCCCUCACCUGUAAGCCCCGCCCACAGGAGGAGCCGGCGUUCCCUGGAGGACACACCCCCCAGCGAUGACCCCCCGCUGCUCCGAGUGAAACGACUGGAGGAGGAGGAGCUUGAGCCCCGCCCAUCUCAGGGUCUACAGCGAAUCAAACGCAUCGACGUAGAGGAUCAUGGGAGUCGUAGGAGGAAGAGGAGAGCCAUAGUGAACUACGACCCCCAGAUUCUACUGAGGCAGGCUCUGGAGCUGAUGAGGGAGUAGGAGACAAAGAAGAAGGAAGGAGAGAGAGAGAGUGAGGAGGGAUGAGAUAAAGAUUGGACUGAGGUCAAAAGAAAUAUCUACAGAAUCAAUACAGAAUGUUUCAAAUGUCAAAUAAUUACACUAUUUUAAGUAAUUUAAAGUAACUGUAUGUAGCCCACGAUCUUACUGUUUUAAAAAGGUAUUACAAUUGCAACCUGUGAACCUUAAAGAUACUUAAAGAGACAAAGGAAUUUUGGACAUAAGGCCUCAUUUCCGAGUGAGCCAGAGUGUUGGAGACGUGUGGAGACACUUUUUAAAAUAUUCCAUCCAGUCCUUGUAUUUGCAGAGGUCACUGGUGCUAGACUAGUGCAUGUCAAUGGCCAUAGUUAUCCUGCCACUAAAAACAGUCUUACCCACUCCACAAAACACCUGAAGCAAAUUUAUUAUUACGCCAGACUGUUGAUAUAAAUGUCUGUGUUGUCACAUGUUGAGGGACUAUUUUCUCAUAUAUCAGUCCGCCGCUGCCGAGCUUUCUGUCAGGAAGUACAACUCGCUGCUGCUGCUCAGACAUAAUUUUUUCAAAUGCAAGGUUGGUUUUACUUCUAAAAUUAUUCUAUCAACACAGACAUUUACAUCGACAGUCUGGUGUAAUAACAGAUUUGCUUUGGGUGUUUUGUGGAGUGAGUAAGACUGUUUUUAGUGGCACCAGUGACCUCUGCAAAUACAAGGACUUGAUGGAAUAUUUAAAAAGUGUCUCCACACGUCUCCAACACUCUGGCUCACUAGGAAAUGAGAUCCUAUGUCCAAAAUUCUGAACUGUCCCUUUAACCUGCAGAUAGACGACUCAUGCAAGUUUCAUAUGAGCUCAGAACCUCUAGAAUUCACUCACUGAGCUGCAGCGACUGCACUAGCACUGUUUAAUAAAUUACUGCAGAUGCUGGAGUUUAGGUAGUGAAUGUUCAGAUCAAAGAGAGGCAUUUUAGAACUAAACAAAUGGAUUUCAGCACCGAAACUGGCAACCAAAAUGAGUAACUAGGAAUAAAUCCGCAUUUGAAUUGUUAUCAGUAAAAGCUAUUUUUGAUUUGAACAGAUUUGGAGACACAGAUGGGUCAGGUUUAUGAAAUAUAAAACCAAACUUUCACAUACAGUUCCUUGAAAAUAAAAUAUAUUGAAAAAGCUUGACAAACCAAACUACUCAAAUAAGAUUAUGUAGAUUUUUCUUUUAAAGGAGAGGACACAAUAAUAAGCAAGGAGGUAGGAGAUGAGGAGAGAGGAGUCAAGGAGGGAGAAGGAUGGUCUGUGUUUUUUGUUUUAGGUUAAUUUUUGUUGCUGCUUUUGGUGAAACUGCAUAAAAUCAGAGGUGGAGCUGAAGAGAGCAGAGUCAGACCCGUCUUUACUAACUGAUCACGUUUUAUUAUUUGUCCCAGUUUUCAAUUAAGAAUGUUUAAUGUUUAGAUAAAUUAGUACAAUAAAAAUGAAUAGAACACUGACUAAUACAUCUUAAACUUAAAGAUGCACUAUGUAACUUCUUGGUUGGGUCACCGUCACCUGCUUGUUCAUGUUUCUAUCAUUGCUUUGCCUGGAAUGUUCCACAGUAUGACAUUAAAUAGCUCUACCUUACAUUAAUUCAGUUACAAGUCAUUUUAUGGAUCAAAAAGACCUACAAAAACGGGGAUUCUGACUGUGAGCGGGGUCGCCUCUCCACAGAUCUGACCUGUAACUUGGUCUGGUUUAGUCCAGGAAGAUAGAAACGUUUAAAGCCAUACUGAGAAACAUUCCAGACAAAGCAAUAACAUCUCUAUAGAGAAAAGAACUGGACGGAUCCUCCACUAGAAAAGUUACAUAAUACAUCUUUAAUAAGAAAAGUCAUGGAUACGCUCCAGGCGCCUUCUCAGAAUUUAAGAAAAGCAUUAGACCUCAUUCAUGAAACGCUUUUGGCAUUACAAAACAUUUUCUUAUCUGAAAAUGUUCUACUAGAAGAACAAAUCCUACUAAUUCUAACAGUCAGGAGCACUCAUAAGAACAAAAACAUUUACCGUUUUAGAAUAUUAUUACUUUAUGCAACAAAAAAAAUUCUAAUUCCUCGUUUCUAACCAAAUACAUAUUAAUUUUCUCUGUAAAUGAGAUGUUAAUGAGUGUGGAGGUGUUCGUAGCUCUGGGUGUUGGGGAAUUCGGGAGCUUAAAAACACUGCAUCUUCUUAAAGUGGAAGUGACAAACAUUUUUUAAGAAAAGAUUCAUGAAUGUGGCCCAUUAUGAUUAAAGUUCCCGAUACAAUUUUCUGAAGUAGUACUGUUAUUGUGUGUAGAGAUUACUGUAUACGGCGGUAGGGCAUCUGGUUGAAUAUGGUCCAUAAGCUCCUGAGAGUCAGUGCAGUCGAUACAGUAUUAUCUAUAAACAGUAAGUCUACUUCUAUCAAUCAAAACUGGGACUAAACUAAACUUUCAGAUGACAAAAAAUAAAUAGAUAACUGAAUUAAAGGUGCAUUAUGUAACUUUUCCAGUGGAGGGUCCGUCAAAUUAUUUUCUCCAUGGAGAUGUUAUUGCUUUGUCUUAAUAAUCUUUCACAGUAUUAAACCUUUCUAUCUUCAUGGAGACUAAACCAGACCAAGUUACAGGUCAGAUCUGUGAAGAGGCGACUCCGCUCACAGUCAGAUGCCUGUUUUUCUAGGUAUUUUUGAGCUUUAAAACCACUUGCAAUUUAAUAAAUGUGAAGUAGAGCUGUUUAAUGUCAUACUGUGGAACAUUCCAGGUAGAGGAAUGACAUCUCCAUAGAAACAAGCAGGUGACGGACCCCCAACUAAAAAGUUACAUAGUGCAGCUUUAAUUCAUGCAGAUUUAUAAUGUUUAUAAUUAAAUAACUGAAACUAUGAAAAACCAAAGAUACAAGUAUGAGAGCAGCUGACCUCUGACCCGCUUCUCUCGCUUCCACCUCUGAACCUUUAAAGCUUUAACACAGAAAAAAAAGCCAGUUUCCUGUUUCCAUACAUGGAUCUAUAGGGGCCCCUCUCUGUGCUGUGAUUGGUCCGUUCAUGUUGUGUUCAUGUGUCGCUGUUUCUCACGUCUCAUUGAGAUUAAAUAAAUGUGAAAUGUGAAUUCAUUUAAUUCAAUAAAGUCAGUACAACACCUCUA